AUGUUAUUCGAGAUCAGCACCGGCAAAUAUCAGCCGUUGCAGGUCGAUGCUCGGGACAAAUUAGGCCGCACACCGUUGCACGUGGCUCUAAGCUACGAGCGCGCACACUUGGCCAAAUAUUUGACGAUAAAAGGUGCCAACCUGAGUUUGUCCGAUGUUGAGGGAUCGACUCCUCUGCAUUUGAUUUGCCUGAGACCCAUCACCCGGAGAAACAACGAUAAAAAUUACUUGGUAAAGUUAUUUUUCAAGCUCAAAUACGACAAGCAUCAGCUCGUUUCGAUCAACGCGAAGAACAAGUUGGGUCGGACACCGCUACAUUUAGCUAUAAUUCGCGGCUACAAACCCUGGUAG